CUCGAAUCGGCGCGACAUUGGCUUCGAGCUCCGAAGUUGGUGCAACAAACAUGUCGGUGGUCGAUACCAUUUACCGGAGGAUGAAAGACGACAUAGAGAGGGUGGCGGACGAAGAGGCGACCGAGAAGGCCGAGAGCGAGGUGGCCAAGUUCUACGGGGGUUUGAGCAUCCUCGUGACCGGGGGUACCGAUCUAUUAGGCAAGUGCCUGCUGGAGAAGCUGUUGAGGAGCUGCCGCGGUCUCGACCGGGUGUACGUGCUGUUGAGGGUCAAAAAGGGCCAGGAUUUUCGGGACAAGUGCGACAAGUUGCGCGCCGAUCCGGUGUUCGAGAGCCUCAGAAAAGCAAAGGUCGAUCUGACGUCGAAGCUGAUACCGAUCAAGGGCGACCUAACGCAAGAGAGACUGGGGCUCAGCGACGAGGACCACAAGAGCCUCGUUGAGCAGACGAGCGUGAUAUUCCACAACGGCUCGAGCCCACGACUCGACGAACAGGUGACCGUGGCUCUUCAGACCAACGUCCACGGAACGAGGCGUAUGCUCGAGCUCGCCCGCGAGUGCAAGCGCCUCAAGGUCUUCGUCCUCGUGUCGAGCGCCUACUCGCACUGCCCCGAGCGGGUGGUGGAGGAGAAGUUUUACCGAUCACCAGCCGAUCUGAAGACCGUGGACGACAUGAUUGCCGCCGACACCGAGACCAAGCCCGGCUUGACCAAGGAGUCCUUGAGGAUGCUGCUCGGACACUGGCCCAACAUCUUUACCUUUACCAAGGCCACGGCUGAGGAGCUCGUGCGCCAGUGCGCUGGCAGGGCCAGUUUUGCCUGCUGCGUCUUCAGGCCCAGCGUUGUGAUAUCCUCGUACAAGGAGCCAACGCCAGGCUACUGCGACUCAAAAAACGGGCCCGCCGAUUUUUUCAUAAAAAUCGCGAUGGGUGCCAUCCACGUGGUCUACAGUAUCGACUAUCCUGUAGACAUAGUGCCCGCAGAUAUGAGCGCGAACGCCAUGAUCGUCUGUGCAUGGGACGCUGUCGACCGCUGGCAAACCGAGCCCGAAGCUUUUGUGUACAAUUUCGGCACGAGUCACGAGAAGCCAGUCACGAUGAGGCAAAUCAAGGAAAAAAUCAUGAACGAGCCCGGCGCACUGGUAUCCUCGAAAAGCAAACGCAUGCCCUACGUCGUGUUCGCGACGAAUUACGUCAUGUACUUCUUCCUGCGCAUAUUAAUCGACUACCUGCCAGCUUUGAUAAUCGAUGUUUUCACGGUUUUGCACGGAAAUCCCCCGGAAGCCUGGUCUCUGGUGCGCUCGUCGAUGGGCGACAUGUGCCGGUUGCGCCGCUUCACCGAGGGCAACUGGCGGGUCCGAAUGCCCGAGACGCUGAAGGCGUACGAGCGCCUCAACGGUCGGGACCGUGAGCUCUUUGACGGUGACGUUCGCCGGCUCGAUUGGGAUGACUACUUCCUCACCUUCUGGCGCGGCAUCCGAGCCAAUGUUCUACACGAGGUCUUCCAAGCCGGCGACGAAGCCGGCAAGCGCUGCUGCUGUCCCUGCCGGCGCUGCCCGUGCAAGUGCGCCUGUUACGGGCUCAUCGCUGUCCUCGGUUUGGUUGUGUACUACGUGUUCGUUACCCUCUUUUGAGUGGCUUUUGUUGUUGUUGUUUUUUUGUUUUUCAUAAUCGUUAAUGUUUGUUCUUCUCACGACCGGUUGUUCACGCAAUGUUGUAUUUAUUUUCUUUGAAUUGUAGAAUUAACUUUUGUAAAAUAAAAUUGUGUGUGAAUAA